GUCAGACAUCUGAUGACGUAUCUGUAUCCGUGUAAAGAUGGCGAGAGUAGAGGAGUCCAACAAGCCUUUGUUCGCAGGUUUGUCUGACAUCUCAAUCUCGGAGGACAUCCCAGUGGAGGGGGACAUAUCGGUGCCAGUGGGCUCACAGAAUGCAGAUGAUGAUCUCUCGACUUUGGAUGAGCCAGUCAAAGACACCAUUCUGAGGGAUUUGAAAGCCGUUGGGCAGAAGUUUGUUCAUGUGAUGUACCCCAAGAAAAGUUCUGCGUUACUCAGAGAUUGGGACUUAUGGGGACCUCUCCUCCUCUGUGUCACCCUGGCUUUAAUGUUACAGGGUGGAUCAGCUGACAGUGAGGAAGAUGGCAGGCCACAGUUUGCAGAGGUCUUUGUCAUCAUCUGGUUCGGUUCUGUAAUCAUCACCCUCAACUCCAAACUCUUGGGAGGAACUAUCUCAUUUUUCCAGAGUCUGUGUGUGUUGGGAUACUGUAUUCUUCCUCUGACUGUGGCCAUGAUAGUUUGCCGCAUUGUUCUGCUGGGGGGCUCAGGCGCCGUCAGUUUUGCUGUCCGUCUCAUAGCUGUCACUGCAUCCUUCGGCUGGUCAACGUUUGCCUCAACAGCAUUUCUUGCAGACAGUCAACCGGCCAAUAGGAAAGCUCUGGUUGUGUAUCCUGUGUUCCUGUUCUACUUUGUGAUUGGCUGGAUGGUUUUGACAUUUUCUCCUUCUCAUUAGCAGACAUAUACCUUACGGCAAUUGCACAACAGACUUUAACUCCCCCCUUUACUAAGACCACCAAGAGACAAUCUGAAAGCUGGCCAGUGAUUGAACUAGACUAAAAGGUGGUGGAGCACUUUGACUUUGAAGACUUAUAAAGGGACAAACAGAGGAGAGUAAGGGGAUCAUUGGAUUCGCCAUCACUCCUCCCCAUUCCUCAUUCAAUUGCAAAAGAAGAGGAGUGGUGGACAUUUAAUUAUUAUUUUCUACUAAUUUAACAACAGCCCACUCAUAGUUUGUCACACUACAGAAGCUGACGCCGUGUGUGUGUUUGUGUGGGAGCGGAUUUGGGUGGUUUCCGAGUACCUUUUUUUAGGUUACAAACUGGUAAUUACAAGGGUAUUAUGCUAUAAAUGUAGUUUGAGGACAUUUCUAGUGUCCCCAUAAUUCAAAUCACUUAAACAUAUUGAAUUAUGCGUUUUUUUUUUGAAAAUGUAAAAAUGCAGAAGGUUUUUUUGUGAGGGUUAGGUUUAGGGGUAGGGUUAGGAGAUAGAAUCUAUAGUUCGUACAGUAUAAAUUAUGUCUAUGGACAGUCUGCAUAUGGAUAGCUGCACCAACGUGUGUGAGAGAGAGAGAAUACGUGAGACUUGAUGUGUGUAAAUGUUUUGUUAUGUGUGAGGAACAACAUUAGUGCCCCUCUAUUACAGGUACAGUCACACCCCUAGCAUGGAGACUGGAUAUUUUAUUAUGUGUCGGAUAUGGCUAUGUGCAUAAAAAGCUAUGUCGGUGUGGAUAUGCUUACUCAGGCACAGAUAUGUGAUUGUAAUUGCUUGUGUGUUUGAGCAGUGUGACUGUUAGCUAAGUUAGGACUCUGGAGCUGUGAAAUCCUCCUAGAAAGCUAUUCAGAUAUUAUCAGGCUCCACAUUCAGUUAAGUGUUUCCUUGCAGAGAAGAGGUCAACUCCCCUCACAGCACUGCACACAACAAUAGACCUGGAGAUAGCUGAAGUUUCUUUUCUUUGGUGUUUACCUUGUUCUGAAUGAUUUAUGUAUGGGCUUUGUUAAAUGUAUCCAGGGGUGUUAAACUCGGUUCCUGGAGGGCCACAGUCCAGCAGAGUUUAGCUCCAACCCUAAUUAAAAUCACCUGAAGCAGCUAAUCAAGGUCCCCAGGAGUGCUUGAAGAUUACAAGGAGACAUUUUGGAGCAGGGCUAUGGCCCUCCAGGAACUGAAUUUAAGUUAAGACAUUCCAGAAUUAAAUAAAAAUUAACUUUCUGAGUGCUGCAGAGAUGCUUUUAUUUUGUCCUUUUAUUUGUCUGUCUCUGUUUGUACAUGGAAACUAAAAUAUGUAGGUUGAAUUUGGGAGAGAAACACUGUUUCUGUCUCUAUAAAGGUCAGUAAAGUGGCGCCUAUUUUUUGUUAGAAUCAAAUAAAAUAUUAAUAUUUGAAAAUAAUUUGUCCAAAUCAAAGUCAGCUGUGUAACUAACUUGCAGGUAGCCAGAAGAAGAAGAAAAAAAAAAAAACAUAAAACAGAGAGGACUCCUUUAGACCCUGAGAUUAUCAAAUUUAAUUAUAAAAUAUAAGAUACUUCAACAUUUUUAUAAAAAGGCACAUUUAUUUCGGGUCAAAUGGGGUAACCAUAAGAAAACAUCUUUAUAUUCAUAACUCAAAAAUUCUGAAGGAGAAAAAAAUUAAUAAGUUAUGUAAACUCAUGUGUAUUCAAGGUGCUAGGGAAGUAUUUUAAUACCUUUUACAUGAUGGUUACACCACUUGACCACUUAUUUAGUAGAAAAUACUAUAAAUGUUUUUUGUUUUUUUUAAUGAAACAAACAUGGACACAAAGAUUACAUUUAGAUUUUUUUGACAUGUUGUAGAAUAGAUUUUUAAAAGAUUUUACAUUUUUAUCGACUCUGACAACCUUAUUUGUCAAUUACCCAUAAAUAAAGUGUUCUGGCAUUAAAAAAAAAGAAAUUCUAAAUCAUAUUCUUUCACUUAUUUUCUUGCCUCUUUCUCUCAUGAACACAAAUGCUGCAUAUGCAUAUCCAUCUCCUGUCAGUCUCACAACGUCAGUCUUCAACACACUGUCUCUCUUCCGCAUACAAUAUUCUACAAUAUUUGUUUCUCUCGGCAAAAAACAAAAAAACAAAAACAAUUUUAUCCUGUCUCUGUCACACAGACACACUUUUUGUCUCACACAGUCAAAUUCUCACACACACACUUCUCAAUUUGCCUCUGUGUGAUAGUAAUUCAAAUUAGAAAGACUUUCCAUCUUCUACAUCUAAAAAAAGGCUUUAAAUUUAAUUUCUAAUGCAUUGCACCUGAACCACAAGGUGUUACUGAGGUGUGUGUGUGGUGAUUAAAUAAAAGAUGUGUAAGUGUGAGAUAACUAUCAUUAUUAUUAUUUCCUUCUUUGUUAGUGUAUCUGCUAUGAUACCUUUGUGGUAUAGUUCUUGUAGUUGUUUUUAGUAAAAGUCUGAUCUCCUGGUGGCCUUAAUUGCUGCUUCUGUCAAUAUCAGUAUAGUUUAAAUAUUAGUGUGUGUGUGUGGGUGCUUUAAUCUGUGGCAGACGUAUUUGCUUAGCUUGGCAUUUAAGUUUCCUCAGCCUGCUUUUAGUUAGAGAUGUCAUAUACAGAAAAUAAGAGGAGUUCAGAGAACUAGAAGAAGGAAAAAGAAAAGAUAGUCAGUACUCACAAACUCUAGAACAACCUCCCACAACAUCUCCGUAAAAUUUCAUUUCUUCAGAUCUUCGAAACUCAAUUGAAAACUCAUUUAUUUGCACUUUGUUUAAAUAUUUAACUGACUCUCUAGUGCUGUUUUCUUCCA